AUGCGACAACCAAGAUUCAUUACGGCCAACAAGCAUUGUCGCGCCGAUUCGGAGAUCGAUCAUGGCUUGAUAAUGCACGCACCCACAAAAUUGAUGAAUAUAAAAUAUGGACAAGCUAUAACACCGGUAACAUACUCCAAGAAUACUAUGAAAGUACCACCUCGAAAAUUGUGGCAGAAGGAGAAUGUCAAACCGGAAUGUCAAGAUGAUGAUUGGCACAAGAAUAAAAAUUCGAAAAAAGAUGAGAAAUGGGAUGCAAUCCAAUCACCGCAAUUUGUCGAUUUUUCAAAUUUACCCGAUAUUGGAGAUUCGUUUUUUAAUAGAGUAACUGUAGUUGUAAGUACACCAAAUCCAAAUCUUGCAAACGAAAAACUUCCGAAUAUAGUUACAGAAGACGAUUCAUUGAUCACAUCUUUAAAAAAUUUCUCUUUGUCUGAAACACAAAAUGAAACAGUAUACGAAAACCCAUUAUAUGUUAAUCAAAAGGAGAAAGAAAAAGAAGAAUACGUAGUACAUGAUGUUAGCAUUAACCAAGUAUAUGAAAACCCAUUAUAUGUCAAUCAACAAGAGAAAGAAAAAGAAGAAAAAGAAGAAUACGUAGUACAUAAUGUUAGCAUUAAACAGGAAUCUAACGUUAAAACUGAGAUUUGUAAUAAAGUACAAAAAUCGCAGAAUGUUAAGAUACAUCCAUUUUCUUUUGAUUUACGAUCAAAAAAUAUGCAGAAACAAAAAGAAGAACAAAAACAAAAACACAUUAAAAAGAUAUCGGAAGAAGAGAAAAAAAUAAAAAUAUUUCAUGCAAAUCCCAUUCCAAAGUUUAUAAAAAAUCGAAUUAAAAUUGAACCAAUAAGUAACAACAAAAACGAAAAAAAUCAAAAAGUUAAUGUUCUCAAUAAGCAAAUUAAAAAGAAUACCGAGCUUUGGAAAAAACCGCCGUUUACACCAUGUUUAUCAAAGAAGAAGUUAGAACCACCAAAAAUAGGACCUUUACACUCAGAAAUUCGAGCAAUAGAAAGAAAACGCUUUGAUGAGAUUAUAAAAGAAAAACAAAGACAAAAAGACUUACAGAAACAAAUGGAAAUUGCUGCUAAAAAGAAACAAGAGGAAGAAGAAAUCGCACAGCUACGAAAACAAAUUGUUCAUAAAGCUCAACCGAUUCGAAGAUAUAAAAUAGAAUUACCUAAAGUCGAAAAACGACCAUUAACUGAUCCUAUAAGUCCAAUAUUAUUGAAACGUCGUCGUCGUGUAUAAAUACUUAAAAUAUAAUUAAGAAGCAUUAUACUUUAGUAAUCGAAUCUUUUAAAUCAAUGUUUUUUUUUUCACGCCCUGUUUCGCAGGUAGAUACAUUUAUAAAGUAACUUAAAUUAAUAAAUAUAUUAAAUUAAAUUUAAAUUUUCAGUUUAAUCAUAUUAAUAUGUA